AUGGCACAGGGAGAACCGCCGAUUCAAUACAUCCACAUGGCAGGAAUUGUUCUGCACGUCACACCAUUUAAUCCACCGGAAAAUCGACUAAAUACCGGACCAGCAUGGGAAACAUGGCUGGAGGAAUUCGAAGAAGAAAUGCAGUUGCAAAAAGUGCAAGAAGCAGACAAGGUAACUUGCCUUAGGCGCUACGGUGGGAAAGAGAUAAGAAACAAAAUAAAAUACUUACCAGAUCCUCCAGUAAUUGAAGAUGAAGAAAGUGCAUACCAGAAGGAGGUACGAAAACUGAACCUUCACUAUAAACCGAAGCAAAAUAAAAUGCAUAGUGUAUAUGUAUUCAAUAAAACAACAAGGAUCCCAGGAGAAACCAUAGCUUCAUUCACUGCCAGGUUGAGAGAAAAAGCUGAACAUUGUGAUUUUGGUGAGAAUGCAGACGCUCGUAUUUUAGAAAGGAUAAUUCAGACUAUGGAUGAUAAACAGAUCGUAACUAAAGCCAUUCAAAGAAAUUGGAACUUAGAAACCUUAAUCCAAGAAGUGAGCCAGAAAGAAGAUUUAAACAAAGAAGUUGACAAUAUGAGAAAUGAAUUUAAAGUGGCAAAAAUCUCGGAUGGAGUCAGCGUCAAACCUAAAAGAAGAUACCCGCAACUGAUGAAAAAACCCAUUAAUCCAAGCUCAAGAUUGCAGUGUUCUAGAUGUGGAGGACAAAUUCAUAACAGAGAUAAAUGUCCCGCUAGUGGAAAACAGUGUUUUAAAUGCAGCAAGUGGAAUCAUUUCCAGAAAGUGUGCAAAACUCAGAAACCAAGUGACAAGCCAACCGCGUACAGAGGCAGAAAAAUGGUGAAGAAAACAGAGUUAGAAGAUAGCUCUGAAUCAGACAAUGGGGAUUUCAUAAAAACUGUGCAUGUCCACCGAAUCAAACAAGAACAUGUGGGAGAGACAAUAGAGGUGAGAAUAAAUGACAUUACAUGUGAGUGUGAACCAGACAGUGGUGCUGCCACUAAUGUAAUGGAUGAACAUCAAUUCAAACAUCUAAGCAGAAGAUCAGACACAACCCUGAAACCAUCGAAAGAAAAACUGAAAACUAUACAAUCAGAGCUAAUCGUUCUAGGUGAGUGCCCAGUGACCAUUCAGAAUAGCAUCUCAAAAUUCAUUGUCAUCAAGGGACAUUUGGGGUGUAAACCACUGAUAGGCAGAAAAACACUAGAAGACUUAGGAAUGAUGGAAAUAAGGGAAGACGGCUCUCUUAAAGAAGAAAAUGACUUGAAGAUUAAAGUAGUCAAAGAAGACAAAACAGAUGUUCAGAAAAUCUUAGAUGAAUACAAGGAUGUGUUCACAGGUAUCGGGCAUGCCAAAGACCCUAAGUCAGGAGCACCCAUUGAAGUAAAACUGGAAAUGGAGACAGAUGUCAAUCCAGUUGCUCAGAAACCGAGACAUGUAGCUUUUCACCUCUUAGACCCUUUAAAAGAAUUCUUAGAGCAAGGGGAAGAAGAAGGUAUUUAUGAGAAAGUCCCUGAAGGAGAAGCAAUAACAUGGUGUUCACCGCUCGUAGUACAACCUAAACCCAAGUACACUUCAGUUCGUGGGAAGCUAGAACCACACAUGAUCCGUGCAAGCAUUGAUAUGAGGAUACCCAAUCAAGGCAUGAAAAGAAGUCGCUGUGUACAAGCACCGAUAAUUGAAGACUUCACUUACCAUUUACGUGACUGCAGUAUAUACAGCAAACUUGAUUUGAGAUCGGGGUACCAUCAGUUGAGUAUUGAUGAGGAAUGUUGUAUCCAAUGCAUGUGGCUGCCGAUUGGUCGCGUCUUGACCAUGGCCACCACCUGGUGA